AUGGCGCUGAUAGUGCCGCCGUCGAACGAGAAGAAGAGAGUCAAGGUUUAUGAGCUCAAAAACAAUGACUGGUUCGAUCGGGGGACUGGGUUCUGCACCGGACGCAUCAUCAAUGAUGAGUCAAAGAUAUACGUCGAGUCGGAAGACAGCCCAGAGCGAUUGCUUCUGGAAACGAAGAUAACGAAGGACGAUGGAUACCAGAAACAGCAAGAUACCCUUAUCGUAUGGACCGAGACAAGUGGUAUAGACAUGGCUCUCAGUUUUCAAGAGGCAGAGGGUUGUGCGACCAUCUGGGAUUUCGUUAGUCAAGUACAACAACAGCUACUGUCACUUGGAGGUCCAGACGACGCCCUAUCAGACGACGCCAUGGAGAGCUUCGCCAAACCCUUGGUCCUUCCGCAACCCGAGAUCGGGAAUUUGGAUGAUAUCGAGCACGCGAUGCGUGGAAUAGCGUCCACGCCGCAAGGUCGAGACGCGCUGGCGAAGUUCGUCAUCAGUGAAGACUACAUCCGGAAGUUGAUACCUUUGGUGGAGAUGGCAGAGGAUCUUGAGUCGCUGAAGGACCUGCACUGGCUGUGCAACAUCAUGAAAAUGCUCAUCCUUUUAAAUGACAGCCAGAUCAUUGACCACAUUGUCAACGAAGAGGUGGUGUUUGGGGUGAUUGGCGCUUUAGAAUACGACCCGGACUUCCCAAACCAUAAGGCAAAUCACCGACGAUACCUCAAGGACAACUCGAGAUACAAGGAAGUUCUGUCCAUCGCAGAUCCAAACAUCACCAGAAAGAUACACGCUACAUGGCGCCUUACCUAUCUGAAGGACGUGGUUCUCGCAAGGAUCCUUGAUGAUCCAACGUUUGGCGUUCUUAACUCUCUCAUAUUCUUCAAUCAAGUCGACAUAAUCUCACAUUUACAGAACAAUCCGGGUUAUCUCGAACAGUUAUUUGGCAUAAUAGACAAUCCUACGGCCGAUAUCAAGCGGAAAAGGGACGCUGUUGGGUUCAUUCAGUCUUGUUGCGCAAUAGCGAAAAGCCUCCAAGUGACACCGCGGGCCACUCUCUACACCAACUUCAUCAACCAUGGGUUGCUUCGUGUGAUAACAUUUGCCAUUUUGAACAAGGAAGCAUCCAUUCGGGUGGCCGGCACGGAUAUACUGGUUGCCAUGAUAGACCACGAUCCUGCCAUGGUCCGAGCCUACAUCUACAAAGCCAUCAACGAGAAAAAGACUCCACUCACCGAGACUUUGAUUGAGCUCUUACUUGUCGAAGUUGAUCUAGGUGUCAAAGCUCAAGCUGCCGACGCAAUUAAGGUAUUACUCGAGCCCCAGCCAACCCAGCCACCACAACAACAGCCCCAAUCCCAACCUCAACAACAACCUCCACAGGCCCAAUCUCAAGAAGCUAUUGCAAGGCAGACGGGGGAAUUUCUGUCGAAGCACUUUUACGAUAAUUCCGCGAGCAAAUUAUUUCAACCCCUGAAGGAUCUUGAGAAAAGGGAAACACUGAAUGAUAUCACAUUCCAUGAGGUGCAAUUGUUCAAUCACUUGGUCGAGAUUAUCAUCUAUCUUUCUCGUACACAUCAAUUUCGAAGUAAAUAUUACAUCUUUUCGGAAGACAUUUCCUCACGAAUAGCGCAAUUGCUCUCUGCUCCGCAGAAGCAUCUCAAGCUAACUGCCUUGAAGUUCUUUCGCCAGUGUAUAGGCUUGCAAGAUGAAUAUUACAACCGGCAGAUCAUGCAAAAGAACCACUUCGCACCUAUCCUCAACAUAGUUUACGAGACAAUGCCGCGUGACAACCUACUGAAUUCUGCUUGCUUAGAGCUUUUCGAAUACAUAAAACGAGAGAACAUAAAGCAACUGAUUGAGCAUCUUGUGGAGACUUUCCGUUCGAAACUUCAAGAAAUCACCUACGUCGACACUUUUGAAUCACUCCUGCAUCGCUACGAACAAAUGCAAGGCUUCAAUCCGGAUGCAGAUACCACACUAUUCAGCAAUGACAGCACGAGUACCCCCAAUCGGACACCAAACGUCAAUGGCAAUCAACGAUGGCAAGGCGUCAAGGAGAUGGAUGCUGUCGAGGAAGCGUACUUCAACACAUCAGACGAUGAGGACGAGCCGUUGCCCAAGGCGGUCUUAUCAAAGGCUGCGAAGAUGAAUGGGGUUACAACUUCUCCAAUGCUGAAAUCUCUGGUCGACUAUCCGGACGACGACGAAGAUUCUAUGGACACAACCCCACCAGAACCUGAGGAACUCGGCACCAAGCCCGAACUAGAACCAUCUCCAAUGCUCCAAACCCCGCCGCCAGAGCGCUUGUCAGAAAAGCGCCGGAGAGAAGAAGACAAUGACGAAGAUGAACUUGGGAAACUGUCCUCGACUAAGCGGCGGAAUUCCGGCUCCUCAGCCUCGAACACUGGUAGUGCCGCAGGCCACAAUACUCUCAAGCGAAAAAAAGGGUUCAAGAAUGACCGCGACUCUCCGACCAACGGUCCCAGUGCGAAGAAGAUCGAAAUCUCGCUCAGCGCCAAAAAGGCGGUUUCAGAAGCAGGAUCCAAAGGCGAUGAUGGGGGAUGA